CCUCUCUACAGAACUCUCUCUGGAAAGCCAAGAUAGCGAGCAUUGCCCGUUCUGAGUCGGUGUUUCAGGACAAAUAUUUGUCCAAGUGCUGUGUUAGCAUAAUAUUGCUAAUGUCGGGCCAAGGGCAUAAAUUCUGGUGCAGAAGCCCAGAGACUUGAACUGCAGUUGUGUGUUUCAGAGGGUUUGCUUUUGCCAGUAUCUCUGCAAGAUACUGCAUCCAGACUUUGGUAGCAUUUGUGAGACUUGGCGUUGGACAAUAGUACAUCACUGUUGUUAACCCUGCUGUGCUGAAGUAGUAGUGUAUUCCUCAUUUUAAGAGAUGAAGUCAGAGAUGGGCAGACCGGGAGCAGAGCUGUGUGCUGGUGAACCGGUGGUUUGAAAAUGCAAGUUAUCCGUCCAAGUCAGGUUGUUCAGAUUUGGAAUGAGAAGCUGAAAAAUCUGCCAGGCAAGGAGGGUGUGAAGACAGGAGGUCUGAUGGCUCCCAGCAGGUUUGUACAGUCUGUACCACAGCUCUCCUCACGGCCUUACCAGCCUGCUGAUAAAAUAAACUGCUUUGCAUGAUAAAACUUACAACUUCCUAGAGCAAAACUUUGGGCAAAGAGUUCAUGGAAAUGGAGAUUUUGAUCUCUCUGCAUUUUCUGGCAGAGGAGUUAGGACAUCUUUCCUGAAUUUUGAAAUGCUGUUAUUAUUUUCAGUGGCAGAAUUGGCUGACUUGUCUUAAAAGUCAAGGGAAAUGCUGCGCUCGUAGUAUGUGGAAGUUGUGGGAGGGUUUGGGGUGGCGAUGGGUGGUUGUUCUGUGGGGUUUUUUUUAAUUAAAGAAACUAGAAUGUUUGUGAUGAGCACCCUUCCCAGAGAAGCAACUUUCAAACAUCCUGACUCUUUGUCUCUCUCCUUUCUUUUCUCGCCCUGCUCUAGGUCCGGACUGUUCUGUCUCCCGUCCUUCCCCAAGCCCGAGGAGCCUCCUGCGGAUGCUUGUGCUAAUGGAGGUGCUGAGGCUGGAGGAGCUGAGGCUGGAGGAGCUGUGCAGGGCCAGGCACAGCCGCAGCCUGAUGGAGAGAAGCCUCCCAAAGGGAGCGGGGAUGAGCAAGUGCCCCCACUCCUGCCUCCCCCGCCGCCCGGCAGCCUUCCUCCCUACCCCCCCUACUUCGAGGGAGCCCCCUUCCCUCGGCCCCUGUGGCUGCGGCACUCCUACCACCAGUGGGUCCCACAGCCCCCACCACGGACUAUAAAGAGGACGCGGAGGCGCUUGUCACGGAACAGGGACCCUGGGCGGCUCAUCAUGAGCACCAUCCGGCUGCGGCCGAGGCAGGUGCUGUGUGAGAAGUGCAAGAACACCCUGAACCCCGAGGACGCGGACACAGCCAGGCAGAACGCGAAAACCAGGAGGAAGCUGAGCAUUCAGGACAAGGAGCAGAAAAAGCACAGCGACUCCGACUACGCAGAGAAGAGGAACAAAAGAGAAAAGAGAGAGGAUGACAAAUUUUCUGGGGAACUAGUGCAUCGAACGCCAGUUAUAAAAAUAUCCUACAGCACUCCCCAGGGGAAAGGCGAGGUUGUCAAAAUCCCUUCCCGCGUUCACGGCUCAGUCAAGCCAUUUUGUCCAGAGCGAGUAAUGCAGAAUGGAGGGGAGGAGCAGGAGGAGACCAGAGACUCUGAGCGGUGUCGAGAACCCAAAUGUUUAAUGGAGAAGACAGCAGGCAGCCAGCUCGCCUCCAUCCCAAAACUGAAGCUCACGCGGCCGGUGCACUCCAGCGCCGAUGUCCCACCCCCAAAGAUCCGGCUGAAGCCCCAUCGCAUAAAUGAUGGUCAGAGUGUUUCAAUUUAUAAGGCAGAACUUAUUGACGAAAUAAAUGUCCUACAGAACAGCAGGGAGUCCAAUCCUGAGGCAUUUUACAAUGAUGAAUCCACAGACAGAGGUUUAGCUGAGGUAUCUUCAGGGAGCUCGGGUGAAGACGAUGACUUUAAAAGAUUUCCCCAGGGUAAAGAUGGACAUGAUAACUUGGCUUUUCUUAUGAAUUAUCGUAAAAGAAAAGCAGAUUCUUCUAGUCUAUCGGUGUGUAGUAACGACAGUCUAGAUGAAUCCAAGUCUUCUAGUUCAGAAGUAACAUCACCAGAACUGUGUGACUUUUUGCCUGGUGAUGAUGCAUCCGUCUCUUCAUCUUCAAAAGAUGAGCGUAAAAUAGUGCCGCCACUGACAGUCAGACUGCACACCCAGAGCGUGUCUAAGUGUGUUACGGAAGAUGGAAGAACUGUGUCAGUGGGGGAUAUUGUUUGGGGUAAAAUUCAUGGUUUUCCAUGGUGGCCAGCACGUGUUCUUGACAUAAACCUUAGCCAGAAGGAAAAUGGGGAACCUUCGUGGCGAGAAGCCAAGGUAUCAUGGUUUGGUUCUCCAACAACUUCAUUCUUGUCUGUUUCAAAACUCUCUCCUUUCUCUGAGUUUUUCAAACUGAGAUUUAAUCGCAAGAAGAAAGGGAUGUAUCGGAAAGCUAUCACGGAAGCUGCAAAGGCAGUAGAGCAUCUGACUCCAGAAAUAAGAGAUCUCUUAACGCAGUUUGAGACAUAACUUUGCCUCCAGUAUCAGGUAACAGAAGAGAAGAGCACGGCUGUUCUCCUAGAGCUCUGGUCACCCAGUCUGUGGACACCCUGACACGCUCCCCAGGAGAACCUGGAGGUGGCCGUGCACAUGGCAGGAGGACGGGCUUCCUUGUCACCUUGCACUGCUUUUCAUCUGGGACAGGUGACAGGCACCAGGACGUGGCGUUAGGAGGCUCUUCUGGUGUGAGGCUGCAGGAAAGUCUUAAGGAUACCUUACCCCAGGAUGAGAAUUUGACGAGUCAUAUGGCAAUGAACUAGGAGAACAGCAAAAACCACAACUUGGAAUGUAUUUAUUACCUAAAAGUUAGCUAUUCUUGAUAAAAUCCCAAAAAUUAUUGUUGCUGCUUAUUUUACUUACAGAUUUCACACGUGUUAAUUUUAAAGCUACCAAACUUCUACUCAGUACUGUACUCUGAGAAGUGUAAUUGGAGCAGGACAUGCAAUAGAGUGAAAUCAUUGUAGUGUCUUAAGUACAACGGACUCACUCUGGUCUCUAUUAAAACUUGGAAAAUGUGCAACACAGAACUCUGUGGCUGUCGUUGCAUGUGUUAAAACUC